ACUUUGCGAGCAUUGUGUGCUUAUUUUUUUUGUUGUUCGCGCGGAAUGGAAAUCAGUGAAGUGUAAAAAAAUAUUGACAAAAAUAAUUUUUUAUUAAAAUUGAGAAAAAAACAACUUUUACAUCAAACAUGAAGAUGCGACGAUGGAGAAGUCUGGGCAAUCGCGUGGCAACCUUCAGCGAAAACCUAAACAUCAAAAUCGGCGUCGGUUUGAACGAAAAAAAGCCAAAACAUGUCUGGACCAACAAAAUCAAAUCCAACAAAUAUUCCGCCAUCACUUUCAUCCCGCAAAAUUUACUCGAGCAAUUUCGUCGCAUCGCCAACUUUUACUUCCUCUGCAUGUCCGUGAUCUCGCUGAGUAUCGAUUCUCCCGUUUCACCCUUGACAUCCAUCGCGCCGUUGUUCUUCGUCAUUUCCGUAACGAUGGUCAAACAAGGAUACGAAGACUAUUUGCGUUACCGCACAGAUCGCAUCGUCAACCAUUCCCUCGUAACUGUGAUUCGCGACUCGCAGAUGCUCGAUAUUCGAUGCGAAGCGGUGCGACAAGGAGAUCUCGUGCGAGUUCCUCGCGAUUGUGACGUGCCGUGUGACUUGGUGCUCGUUAAAAGUUCCGAUGCAUCGAAAAAGUGCAAUAUAACGACCGCGAAUUUGGAUGGCGAGACAAAUUUGAAGACUUUGAUGGUGCCAAAAGGACUUCCCGACUUGGAAAUUAAGGAUUUGCAGAUGUUGGGAUCGAUUGAAUGCGAACAACCGCAAACGGAUUUGUACUCUUUCAAGGGAAAAGUUGAAAUUGACUCGGCUGUGACGAAUAUCGCGGCAAUUGGAGACAGUAUUGAUCACUUGGAUGCCUCGACGGUACCUUUAAUGGCGGAAAAUCUCUUGUUAAGAGGCUCCAAAGUACGAAAUACCGAAUGGGUCAUCGGAGUAGCAGUUUAUACGGGUCAAAAUACAAAAUUAGCACUCAAUAGUCGCAUCACCCGAAACAAAAUGUCAUCCAGUGAGGUGUGGAUUAAUCGAUAUUUGGUCUUUUUCUUGUGUCUUUUGAUCGCAAAUGUCACCGUUUGUUACUUGCUCAAAAGAUAUUACGACGAAAAUAAAAGCGCGCACAACGUUUACUUGGGAGAAAGUGUCUACAAAACGCAAAAUAUCGUCAGACAAGUGUUGCAAGAUUAUUUUUCGUUCCUCAUUGUGUUCAACUACAUCAUUCCGAUCUCCUUGUAUGUCACAAUUGAGAUGCAAAAGUUCCUUGGGUCGUUUUUCAUGGAGUGGGACUUCGAUUUGUACGAUGAGGAAACCGAUCAACCGUUUAUUGUGAACACUUCGGACUUGAAUGAGGAGCUUGGGCAGAUAAAUAUUUUAUUUUCCGACAAAACGGGCACUUUGACGAAGAAUAUAAUGGUUUUUCAACAAUGUUCGGUGAAUGGAAGGAAAUUCCGGCAAACAGGACGAGGCUUGCAGGAGGAGGGGAAACCUUAUUCGCUGAAAUUGAAUGAAACGUCGAAAACCUGUUUUGACUUCUUCGAAGCCCUUGCCUUAUGUCACACAGUUCAAGUCGCCGGCAAAAUCGAAGUUGAAGGUGUUCCUGAUGGCAUUGAGAACAAAUUCUUGAAUCACGAGGAAGAAAGUGACAACGAUGUCGCACAGGAAACCGACUCGAGUAGGUCUUCCGUCAAAUAUACCUUCAUAGAUCGUCCCGAAGAGCCUCAACAACGUCAAACCAUGAUCGAAAAUGGAGUUGAUUUCACGCACGUUCAACCAAUUCGACCCAUGACAUUCAUCGAAAGUGACAAUCGGAAGUACAUUAUGCGAGUAAAUCUCCUGAAAGCAAAGUCAGCUUCGUUAAAACGAACUUUUAGCGAUUCGCCGGAUGCUUCGCAGUAUCAACAAUCCGUUUUGAGAACGCAUCGCAGGACGCAAUCCGAUGCGCCAACAGUUGAGUUGAGUAGCGAUUUGGAAGGAGUGACGUUGAGACGAAAUGGAGCAGGAUUGAGGAGAAAUUAUUCGGAUCGGACAAAGACGAGAGAGUAUUAUGGAGCAGAAAGUUAUACGACGAAUGAUUUGGUUGAACGGCGAUAUACGACGUUGAGGGUUAAGCAAUAUGUGUCGUUGAUCGAUCAAUUGGAUUAUCAAGCAUCAAGUCCUGAUGAAAAAGCUCUCGUUGAAGCGUGUGGAAAGCUUGGUUUGAUUUACACAGGAGACAAUAAUGACAUUAUUCAACUGAAAUUAUCGGUUGAUUGUUUAAAGAAACGUCGUCCCGAUAGUCACGAAAUUGCUCUCUUCAAACGUCUCCAUGUGCUGGAAUUCACUUCAGACCGAAAACGGAUGAGUGUCGUUGUGCAAGACAAAAAUCGCCAACUUUGGCUUUACACAAAAGGAGCAGAAAGUCACGUUUUGCCGUUAUGUACAGGAACUCCAGAUGCCAGUUUAAUUCAAAAGACUCAAACACACAUUGAUGAAUUUGCCAAAGAAGGAUUACGAACAUUGGCAGUUGCUCGACGAAAACUCACAAAGGAGGAAUAUCAACAAUUUAACAAAGAUUUAAUGGAUGCGAACAACUCUCUGACGGACCGUGCAAAACUCGUCGAGGCAUGUCAGAGCAAAUUUGAGACUGGAUUGGAGCUUCUUGGAGCAACUGCGGUUGAAGAUGCGCUACAAGAUGACGUCAAAGAUACUUUAGUGAGUCUCCGUGAAGCUAAAAUCAAAGUUUGGGUCCUUACGGGCGAUAAAAUCGAAACUGCCUUAAAUAUCGCUUACAGUUGCGGCCAUAUACCUGACAACGCGGUGCAAUAUCACAUCACCGCAUGUUCCGACAGCAACGAAAUCGUCUCACAUUUCCAAUAUUUCGCGCAGGAACUCAAACGAAGCAAGGAUUUGCCCGUUGCUUUGCUAAUUGAUGGCGUUAGUUUGCAAGCAGCACUCGAUUAUGCGCCCGAAUUGUUCCGCGAUUUGUCGAUUCAGUGUCAUGCGGUGCUCUGUUGUCGCUUAAGCCCCUUGCAAAAGUGCGAAGUUGUGAAAUUAAUGAAAACGGAAAAGUCGAAACCGAUUUGCGCGAGCAUUGGAGAUGGAGCGAACGACGUUUCGAUGAUCCAAGAAGCGCAUGUCGGCAUUGGGAUUGUCGGAAAGGAAGGAAGACAGGCAGCAAGAUGCUCGGAUUAUGCGAUCGCCAAAUUUUCGUACAUUAAAAAGAUGUUUUUGGUGCACGGGCAUUACUUUUCGCAUCGACUUGCGUACAUGGCGUUGUACUUUUUCUACAAAAAUUUGGUUUUUAUGGGAAUUUUGUUAUAUUUCCAAUCGGACUCGAUGUACUCGACACAAUCCAUUUACGAUUCGGUAUUUUUGACCUUGUACAAUGUCAUUUACACCGCAAUGCCCGUGCUGAUCUUAGCUUUGACCGAUAAAACGCAUCCCGAGCAAAAGUUACUCGAUAAUCCGAUUUUGUAUCUCGAGACAAUCGGCAAUAAAAAGUUUAAAUGGCCCAAUUUUUGUGAAUGGAUGUUACUUGGGGUCUUUCAUUCGCUUGUAAUUUAUUAUUUGACGUACUAUUUGUGGUUGCAAGACCCAAUUUUGCUGGCGACGGAACAUCCUCCGCCCUUGUAUGGGUUUGGGACGCAAAUGAUGCACAACGUUGUAGUUGUCGUCAAUUUGAAAAUUCUUCUGGAAGCUGAAUACAAAACAUAUGUCUUCAUUAUUUCAGUUGUGCUCUCGAUUUUGGGUUUUAUUUUGACAACUAUCAUUUACAAUUAUCUACCAAUAAAUUACGACGGUGACAUGUUCCAUGUGUACAAUCGUUUACUCGGCGCCCCAAGUUUUUGGCUGCUAUCCUUGUUGAUCAUUGUCGCAAGUUUGAUGCCAGACUACUCGAUUCAAGCAUUCAAGGCGUUCGGAUGUCGGAUGAAGAACAUUUUUCCGGGAAAUGGCUCGCAAUUCAUUCCGGAAAAGCUAAAGUUGCGUUUUGCGAGUAACGGAAAUAAUAAUAAUGACAAUAGUUUUAAUAAUUACAACAAUGGAAAUGCGGAAAGGGUUCAUACGACGCGAUUAUGAAAUUAGUUAGUUAAGAUUUUUAAUGUUAAUG